CGGGGGACAGCUGGGCCCAUUUGCAGCGACAGUAUGGGAUAUGAUGCCGCUCAAAUAUCCGUCACGCAAGAAAUAGAUUCCGUAAUAUCGAGUGAAAUGCCAAGUCAUCGAGCCAUUCCAAUACCAAUAAGAUUGGAAGCGCACCAUAUGAUAGAACACGGUUGUGUCCCAUCCUCUUUCGUAGGGCAAGGUAGUCUUCCCUUGUUUGGCGUCCCCGAGUUAGAUCCGAGCCCAUUACGCACCACGGUAGAGCGGCGUGGGUGCAAUCUUUAUGGGAUCCGUCAUCGAGGUGCCGUUCCAGUUGUGGAUACACCAGGACCUGGUUUGAUCCCAGCACAGGUUCCGGAUUCGCAAGUCCAAAUGUCUGAUAUUUUACACUUUGGUCCCGUGGAGAAAGGAGAGACGGUGAGCCAAGACCAUAACACCGGGUCUGCAGAGAGGGUUAGGAUGAGUCAAAUAGGCAAAGCAGAACUAAGUGUUGCAAAUCACGGCACUGAUUAUGCCAGGCCUUCGUCUUGCAAUCAGAACGGUGCAGUAGACCUUGACGUCUGCACAGACAAAAGGGAUGUGCCAGGGAGGACAGCAAGUAUGGCUGGGUAUGCCUGUGAGGAGGACAUGGCUUCUGUUGUCAAGCUCCUGCAGGACGCCAUCCCAAAGCUCACAAACACUGUGUGCAUGCAGUGUGUUGCGUCUCCAGCCGCGCACACUUCCGCAGAAGACUCGCCCCAGCCCACGCAAGGUGGCUUGGCGUCCUCGGGAGUCGCAGUAGCCUCUCCGCCGCAGGUUUUCGCGUCCAGGGAAAGGAUCACGCCAGCCCUGUCCCCUGUCUUGAUCGUCGGCCACCACCUCCCCAGCGUGCCCAUCAUCGCCAUUGAGCCGUCGACUCCUCUAGGUCGAUCGCCCCGCGUCUGGCACAGCGGUUCCUGCUUUCUCCUGCCACACACGGAGGAAAGGACACCCCUGCUAGGGAGUUUCGCAAGAGCUGAACACGGGAAUUCCAAUCACGCCGCGACCCACACUGACCACAGCGAAAUGUUGCCCCCAAGUCGGCAAUUCAGAUUCUCGAAAGGACAAAUAAUGAUCCUCAUUUCCAUGCUGUUGGUCGACUUCUCGUCCUUCGCUUCUAUGUCCAUUAUGGCGCCCUUUUUCCCGCAGCAGGUGGACAACCGUGGCCUCAGCCCGACAGUGGACGGCAUUAUCUUCAGCGUGUACGCCCUCGUCAUCGUGCUGGUUUCGCCCGUUAUAGGAAAGACUGUUAGGCACCAGAAGUCUUUGUCUUUGAUCAUUGCUGAGAGGCAUACAAUCUGAGAGUAUACGAGUCAAUGCAUUUUAGACAGAUAUGAUUCUGUAAUCGAAAAGAAAAAUCCGGAUAUCCACGUAGUGUAUUCCUUCAUGUCUAUCAGUCUAUGUAGUUUAUCAUCGACAUAAUGAUUUACAUUCUGACUCCCUUUCUUCCUCUCUCUCCAUCUCUCUUUCUCCACCUUUCCCAAUCUC